AUGCAGAACGACAAUGUCUGGUGGUUGCAGGUUGGUUCAGCCUUGUUCUACGGAUUAUCAUCAGUUUUGAUAACAUUUGUAAACAAAACUGUGUUAACUUCGUACGAUUUUCCAUCGUUUCAAGUUCUCGGUAUUGGCCAGAUGUUGGCGACAAUAGUUGUGCUGUCGUUGGCAAAACAAUUGCGUUAUGUUGAUUUUCCUAACCUCGAUAGGUCGACAGGGAGCAAAAUAUUUCCCCUCCCUCUGAUAUACAUUGUUGUCGGUGUUCUUCUGGGAAGAAGACUGAACUCCACGUAUGGUGGUGAAGCAUUCGUUGAUGACUUCACCCGAAAUCACGUGAGACUGACCAAUUUUCAACGUGCUAUACUCGCAUGUGGCUCAGCAGCAGUCUCUCUCGUUGAUCCUUAUCGCGCUGAUAUGAUCGCUUGCCUCGGCGAGACAACCGGCAAAUUUGCAUUACUCCACUGUUACGAUAAAAUGAAAUCAACAGACGAGGGAAUGCGAAUACUCCAUGAAAAACCGAGGAUCAACACAAAUACGAUCGACAUGAAGUGGCUGGAGGAAUUACCCGAGGGAACUUUGGGGAAAACCUACCACAAUUUUUUGAAAGUCAAUAACGUAACCCCAGACUCUCGAGAUCACGUAAAAUUCGUGAAUGAAAUUGAAUUGGCAUACGUGAUGCAGCGUUAUCGCGAGGUGCACGACAUAUUUCAUGCGGUUCUGCUCAUGCCAACAACAAUGCUGGGUGAAGUGACAGUCAAGUGGGUCGAGGCACUGCAGACACGUUUGCCAAUGUGCAUCGGUGGAGCUGUCUUCGGUGCUGUACGCCUGAGACCGAGACAAAGACAGCUCUACGCAAAGUACCACUUGCCAUGGGCUAUAAACACCGGUAAGAGUGCUGAAUUUUUACUGUCAAUAUACUUCGAGGAACGAUGGGAGCAACGACUCGAUGAUUUUCACAGAGAGAUGAACAUUCAACCACUGGCUCAAAUAGUACAUAAAUAAAUUUAUACGCUAGUUUAGUUUGUUCAAUUAGUACACAGUAUAACAAUUUUUUUUUAUUGAUUGUAACACUGGAAAUAUUAAGAAUAUAAUUUUCAAUGGAGUUACGAUAUAAUCCAUAUUACAAAAUGUGUGUUUUUAUUUCUUGUUGUGUAUUAUCUUCAUUUAUCUCGUUUGUAGUACGGUAAAUAUAUAUGUUUUAUAUUUAAUUUUAUACGUAUUCCUACGGGGAAUUUCAUAAAAUCUAUAAACUACGUUGGAAAAAUUGCGGCCUAUCGUGGGUUUUCAGUGCAUUUUCAAACAUUCCAUUUCUCAUUGUGUGAAUUUUAACUGAGGAAUACUAUCGGAAUUGUUAAUUAUGUACAAACUACAAAUAAACGGGUUUUUCCAUUUUUUUCAAA